GCGGCCCCGGUGGCCAGCGCUCACUUCCGGGAGAGCCUGGCGCCCUGGCCACCGCCCGCUCGCAGCUGCCAGCUCGCUGGGGCCGUGGAGCCUGUGAGCGUGCAGGCCAGGCCGCAGCCCAGCGUCUGCGCAGCUCGGGCCGCCGUCCGUCACCAUGGGGGCGUCGGGGCGGCUGCUGCGCGCCGUGAUCAUGGGGGCGCCGGGCUCCGGCAAGGGCACCGUGUCGUCGCGCAUCACCAAACACUUCGAGCUGAAGCACCUCUCCAGCGGGGACCUGCUCCGCCAGAACAUGCUGCAGGGCACAGAAAUUGGUGUGUUGGCCAAGACUUUCAUUGACCAAGGGAAGCUCAUCCCAGAUGAUGUCAUGACUCGGCUGGCCCUUCACGAGCUGAAAAACCUCACACAGUAUAGCUGGCUGUUGGAUGGUUUUCCAAGGACACUUCCACAGGCAGAAGCCCUGGACAGAGUUUACCAGAUAGACACAGUGAUAAACCUCAACGUGCCCUUUGAGGUCAUUAAACAACGCCUUACUGCUCGCUGGAUCCAUCCUGCCAGUGGCCGAGUGUACAACAUUGAAUUCAACCCUCCCAAGACUGUGGGCAUCGAUGACCUGACAGGAGAACCUCUGAUUCAGCGUGAGGACGACAAACCAGAGACGGUGAUCAAGAGACUAAAGGCCUAUGAGGCCCAGACAGAGCCCGUCCUGCAGUAUUACCAGAAAAAAGGGGUGUUGGAAACAUUCUCUGGAACGGAAACCAACAAGAUCUGGCCCCAUGUAUACUCUUUCCUACAGACGAAGGUUCCAGAAACUACCCAGAAAGCCUCUGUCACUCCCUGAGGAGGGAGUAAUUAGCAGGGCCGCCUCACCUCGUCUUUGUUUUUCGAAGCUCUUUUCCUAAGACUUCUCUGAAAAUUAAGACUUCUUCCUAAUGGCUUUCUUCUGGAUGUUACUAAGGACGUGCCAAAUGAGUCAGACACUAAGGCUGAUCUGUUAAAAUAACCUCGGAUGUCUAAUCUAGUUUUUUUCUGUGGAUGUGCAAUUGGAAAACAUCAGAGAUGUUGAAACUUAAAAAAAAUCAGAGCACCAUGAAAAAGAACUGGUAAUCGUCUACUCCUCUGUUCAGUUAAAGUGGUGGAUCACAUUUUCACGUUUUCCUGGAAAAGUUCAAAAAAUUACAUAUUACUUGAGGCAGAUAAAUAUCUCAUUAAAGGCCUUUGCAUAAGCCAAUGCCCUUCUAGCCCAAUGGAUGCGGUAUUUGGGGAGACUGUCUAUAGAUUCUAAAAAGAAAGCAACUGGCUUUAUUUACAGAUGUUGCCAGAUGCAAACUCACUGCUCCCGUUUCAGGGAAAGCAAGGCCACCAUGCCAUGUCCUCCAUUUACUAGUUUUCAAUCUGCUAUGAGAAAUGCAGCCACUGGCACUUAAGAGCACGUGACUUUGGUCUGGCUUGUUUUCUUUUCCAAACAUGCAUGUACUGCGGGAUAUGAUUUCUGUUAACCAAGUUCUGGGAGGAACACUGGCAAACGACAGUGGACUAGUUCUAGGUUCUCACCCGUCACUCAGGCUGAGGACUAGGUUUUAGGGCCUACCUGUCAGUUUCUCUCCCUCACACAAAUGGACAGUCUGCCUUGAUGGGCAAGCGGUAGUAAAAAGAAAACCGGAGGGUAAGAGAACACCCCAGGUAGUUUGCCACUGAAGUAGAUGGGGUAUGCUGGGGACAGCCCCUUGAUGGAAAGGCCUGCCAACUAGUCAACAGGUGUAGUAACAAAAGGAAUUUGCAGGCUGGGUUAAAAAGCACUGGAACUGAGUUCCCUCAGGGACAUUUAUAUCUCUAUCAGAGUCCUUGAUUUCAAGACCCUCUUGUCUCAGCCUCUCAAGUGCUGGGAUCACUGUGUGCCACCAGUUGCCACCCUACUUCAAAGGGAACGACUUUUCUUGUACCAUCUAAGCAGCCUCCUCUUCCACCCACAGCACUGUGGAUCCAACUGGUGUGCUGGGCAAGCACCCUAUCACUGUGCUCCAUCUCCAGCCUUAGCCUUUUGGUUUUGUUUUUUUGUGACAGGAUCUUAUGUAGUUCUGGCUGUCCUGGAACAACACAGACAAGGCUGGCUUCAAACUCACAGGAGAUCCAUCUGCCUCUGCCUCCCAAGUGCUGGGAUUAAAGGUGUGGAUCACCACUCCUGGCCCCAGCCUUUAGUUGGUUGCUUCAAAUGUAGUCCAACCUGGCUUCAUGUUCAUGAUCCUGUUUCAACCUCCUUAGUGCUUAAAUUACAGGUAUGUACCACUAAACGAAGCCUGUGAAAGCAUUUUAAAACUCCAGUCACUUCCUUAGUGGAGUAAGGACAUGUCCUUAGAUACUGUGGCCCAAAGUGAGAAAAUAUGAGAAGUGGAAGAAAAAACAACUCUACCUUCCAGGAAGAUGUACUCUUUAUUUUACUUGGUGCUAAAUCAAAGAAUCAAGCCCUUGUACAAGCCUCUGAAAUUUUGGCCUAUUUUAUUUCAGACACUUGGGGUACAAAUGCCAGCAAGUGGUUCUUAUAUAUCUGGGAGUGGGGGAGCAAUCUAAAUUUCACCAUUGAUCUUUAUGGACUAGGCCUUCAAUUAGGAUUCCAAUGAACAUCUUGUCCUUUGUCGAUGUUUCUUAACGCCUUAUCUGAAUGUUGAUAACUGCUUUCUAACAAUGUUGUGAACUACCUACACUUAGGACUGAUCGGUGGGUUCUGUUACAUGUGGUGAUGUCAGCACUGUGGCUGUCGUCCCGUCACAGGCCCCCAACCCCUUCCUGUUUUCUGCCGUGGCUUCUCACUGGCUUCUUUCUAAUAAAUGGUCUUCAAACAGUACCUUUCUAAUAAACAGGUCUUCCCACAAAGCAUCUUAUGACAUUCUUUCUCUCCUGCUGUACUGAUGUAUUCACACUGACUUUCAUGACACUGGAGAUGUGGAGGAGGUUAGAGGAUUGGAGAACAUGAAGUGACAUUUUUUUCCUGUGACCAGAACAACCAAGAUAUUGUAUAUACAUCCACUUGGGAAUGGUGUAUGGCUUUUCUAUUAAAACAGACAAAAGGGACCUGUUUUCUGUUGGAUAGGUUGAUGUCAGACACUGAUAAAGGAUAUCACUGCUGGGGCUGGACAGAUGGCUCAGCAGUUAGGUGCACUGGCUGCUCUACAAGAGGACCUGGGUUUGACUCCCAGCACCCACAUGGCAACUUAUAACCAUCUGUAACUCUAGUUCUAGGGAAUCCAAUGCCCUCUUCUGGCCUCCACGGGCACCAUGCACACACACAUUGCACAGACAUACACAGGCAAAUACCCAUACAUAUAAAAAUUUUUUUAAAAAGUACCAUUACUGAAUAUAUCCUGCUGAAAAGCAAAUGUGUCAUGACCAGUGCAAGAGCUUUUAUUUUUGUGUCACAUGGAAUAUUCAUGGAGUUGAAUGCCCUGGACGGGAGCAUGUCUUCGACAAAAUCCCUGCAUUAAUAGCUUGCAACUAAAGAUUUUCAUUCUGGAAGUUAGGAUUCAUUUUUUUUUUUUAAAUAAUUAAAAUAGUCUAGCUGGGCUCAAAAAGCACUGGUAAAAGCCAGUAAGGUUUCUGAAUCUGUAGCAUUCCCCUGCAAUUUUUUAAAAAAGGUUCCAUUUUUAGUGUGCAUGUGCACAUGUAUGUAGGUGCCUGCAGAGGCUACAAGAGGGCAUCAGGUCUCCUGGCACUGGAGUUACAGGAGCUCGUGAACACCAGACAUGGGUGUUGGAAGUAAACUCUGGCCCUCCGCAAAAGCAUUAAGUGCUCUUAACCAGCGACUCCUCUCUCUAGCCACCCCACCCCCUUUGAAAGAUCUCUAAAAACCCCGAGUUUUUCCACACACAGCACACAAGGAGUGUCUGGUCAAGUGUAGAUUGGCCCAGCAGCUUCAUAUUUCCCCAAGUGUCUGAAGGUAACAUGAGCAACCAAAUGAAAGCUAGAGGGAUUUUAAAGUCAUUUUCUACCUUUAGAAAAGGUCUAGUUCUUCAAGGAAGGCCUCUGAAAACAUUUUCACCUGUUAGUGAUGGUAAGCAAUCCAUAGCCAACACUUAUUCAUCUUUAUACUUUCCCCAUUAACUGACACUGAGCAAACGAAUACCAGCUGAAUCAGCUUCUUGGACAGGCUAUGAAACAGGACAAACAUUCCCCCACAGGUGGGAACUGAAGGCUGCAGGCUCUAAGGGUCUUCUUGCUAAAAUAUGAACGGUGGUAUGCUGAAAAUGGAAAUGGGAAACCCAACCCCAAUCCAGACAAGUACCACCUUUGUACCACAUCAGUUUAAGAACUGAAAUGUGACUAACUCUGAGAAUAGUAAACUGACUUUUUUCUCUGAAAAUACCCCAGGAUUAACUUGAGAAUCACUUUGCCUACAUUUCUACACUGUAAUGAAAACCACUUAGUAACAGAGAUGUGUGUGCUCUUUGGGGAAGCAUGUUAAUUCAUUUAAAAAUUGAAAACAAUUUUUAAUUAAAAAUAAAAACAUUUAAACUA